CCAUGCAGCUCCAUGGAAUUAGCUUAACAGAAAAAUGACGAGAAACUGAAAGAUGCCGAAGAUGUCGGAUGGCCUUCCAACAUCAGAUAGGCCACAAAAUCCCCAAUCAAGCUUUCCCUUUUCGUCUCUCUUCUCCAUCUCCAUUUCCCCACAGACAGAAACAGAACGAGAACUUCAAGAAAUCAUUGACAGCCAAUCUCGCAGGAUUAAACCCAACAAUCCAUUUACCAGAAUUUUACGUUCAUGGGCAUUUCAGUUUCGGAUUCCUCUGUCAAUCCCAGCUUGAAACCGUAAAGUUUAGGUUAAGAAAAGGAUUUGAAUUUUCCUUUAUUUGGGGGAGCUCAUCUCAUCUUUCCCUUUGAAUGCCCUUGAAGUAGUCUGCGUAUCUUCAAAGAAAAUUUCGGGGUGAGAAAACCAAUCAUUGUUAUGUAGCUGCGAUUUUUUUGACGGGGCUCAGCUGAUCAGACAGGGAUUGAAUGGUUUAAGUUAUGGAAUCAGAAUGGGAUAAGGAAUGCAGCAGGCCACUGAAACCGCAUUCGGAAGAUGAUGAUGGAAGCAGGAGCAGCGAUGACUCGAACAGAUGCCUACAUUCAGAAAAUAAUAGCCACAAAAGUUCUUCAAGUGAUCACUCGUCAAAAGACUCGGACAUUAUAAUCCCUGCAUUUGACCUGUUCGCCCCAUCUCAGGACUUCAGGGCUCUCCCUUCUUCGACCUCAUCCUCCUCAGCCACAUCAUCUGAUGAUCUUUUCCAAGUAAUACCAGCUACACUAAUCAAACCUCACACGGACAUUUACACUGCUGGUAAACUAGAUGAUCGCAGUCAAGCAUUAUCAAAGGACUAUAUUUCCAGCGAUAGCUCAGCUAAAUCUAACGAAUCCGAGUAUGGGUCAUCAGGACCUGCAUCGUCCUCCACGGUUUCUGACAUCACGCACGAGUCAACAGUGCACACCCUGUCCCCCACCCAAUCCCCUCCAGUCCAAAUGAUGGAUAGGUCGGGAGGUUUUGACCCAUACAGAAUCCCAUCUUCGGUGUUUGAGAGGAGCAAAUCUUCAACCCCAGUGGAAUGGAGCGUAGCAUCCAAUGAUUCAUUGUUUAGUAUACACAUAGGGAACAACAGCUUCUCCAGAGACCAUGUCAUCAUGUGGGGCAGCGAACAGUCCAAGCCGGAAGAGCUACCGAAGUCCUCGGAACUGAUACCAUUCAGCCCGCCACCUCCAGGAGAAGCAGUGAUGGUGGUGUCUGAUGAUGAUGCAACUGCAGAAGUGGAAAAGAUAUUUAAGGCAAACCAGAGAUCUGUAGGAUUUGUGCAGGAAAAUGAUGAUGGUCGAAUCAAGGAGAAGACUGUGAAUAAUACCGCCGGUCCGAUCAAUUCCUCUCGGCAUUCUGACGAGAGCGGGACGAGCACGCAGUCCUUUUCCUUUCCAAUAGAGAAGAAGUCUGAAUGUCAAAAACCUACAUGUUCUUCGUGGAUGAGGAAAAUGUUUUUGUGUAGAAGAAAGAAGUCAUCGUGCUAUUGUUCUAAUUGUAGUCAGACGUCCUGCUAUUGCUGUAAAUGGCCGAGUUGCAGCUAUCCCAGCUGUAGUGGCUGCACGUUCUGCUAUAGUUGGAACUGUAGCCAAAAACGAAAAUCUUGUUCUCACACAUUGACGGAAGCGGAUAGAAGCGACCCAGUUAUUAAAAUAGAUACUCAGAAGUAUAGGCAGCAAUUGCCGUACCAGCAACCAUACGUGCAAAAUCCAGCUUAUGCUCCUACUUCGAGAUCGUAUUCCAAGAGAUGUUGCGGCUCUUGCAGGAGCAGUUGCUGUUGCUACAGUUCUUGCUGUUCUUGGCGGUCUUGUUGUUCUUGGUGGUCCUGCUGUUCUUGGCGGUCCUGCUGUUCAUGCCGGUCUUGCUCUUCAUGCACCUCCUGCUUUUCAUGCCGGUCUUGCCGGUCCUGUUUUUCAUGCGGUUCUUGUCGUUCGUGCUGCUCCUGCAGCUCUUGCAAUGCCACAUAUUCAUGUCAUCCUUGGCGUUGUUGCAGCAGAUGCUGUUGAGAAAGUGAGGUCUACAAAAACUUUUGGAACCUCCUUCUCGCUUCAUUCAAUAGCUCACACUGUACUUUAGGAACAUUUUAUCAAUUGGUAGCAUAUUAACAUAGUGCAAGCUCUCUUUCUCUCCUGCCUUGAAUUUAUCA